AUGCUGGGAUACGCGUCACCGAAAAAGGUGGUCGUGCUCGGAAUCCAAGGCGCGGGGAAGACGAGCGUCGUCGAGCGCGUCAAGGAUGUCUACGGAGCGAGCACCAGAGGCUUGCGACCAGAGCAAAUCAUCUCCACCGUGGGGAUGAACAUCGCCAAGGCGCCGGCGGGGGUGAAUUUACCGGUGGAACUGAUAUUUUGGGACCUCGGUGGGGCGUUCGGUUUGCGGGGGAUAUGGGAGAGCUACUUCAAGGAUGCCGACGCGUGCGCGUACGUCGUCGACGGGGCUGACGAAGGCAGUCUCGAGGAGUCCAUGGUCGAGCUCGAGCGCGCGCUUCGCAACGCCGAGUUUGGUAAAGCCAUGCCCGUGCUCGUCCUCAGCGCGAAGAGCGACCUGAGUGGUCCGGAGGGGUUGGAAAUGGUUCGCGCGUCGUGCGACGACGUCUUCGCGCGCGUCGACGGGACUGCUUCGAAGCGCUCACGGCGCGUUCUCGCCGUCAACGCGAACACAGGUCUCGGGUUGAGACCCGCAGUGGAGUGGUUGGCGCACGAGCUCACGUCAAGCGAACCCUCCCUGCUUAGUUCUCUGUUUAGUUUCUAG